CGCCAACACAGUCGAGAGGGAAAAACAGGUUUCACUGCAUGACUCAUCGUUCCUGUAAAGAAGCGGGUUGGACAAGGUGUUGGAAAGCAACAGCAACGAGUGACUGCAGUUCAUCGGAGAAUCACAAGUGUCCUUCAUAGCUCGCCCAGUUGCUCUUACGUGUGUUCGUGAUUAGGACGGGAGCUGUUUUCCCAAGGACACAAGACACAGGGGAAAGAGAUGGUUAAAAAAAUAUGCUUUUCCAUUUUUUGGCAUUUUCUCUGGAAUAAGGUUUUUUUUAUAUUCUGUUACCACAAACACAGACACUUGCGUUUAUAUUCAAUUAAUCCUGUCCCUCAUUAUGUAAUUGGUCAAUGACAUACGGCAGCAGCCCAGCAUUUAAGCAUGUAGACAUGGUCAACACAACCUGCUGAGGCACCAGAACAGGGAGCAAAGGUGAUUUAAGAGAUUAGAGCAUGUGAAAUCAGCCAUAUCCAACCACUGAGAAAGGGAAACUCACAACACCUGGGAUGCUGUCCUUAACAGGAUGUCAGACAGCAGGGGGUGGGGUCCUCCCUUGCUGUCUUCACCUAACUCUUCUGAUGAAGACCAAAGGAAGUGGUCAAGGUCAUGAGAAAAAGCUCAAUAAACACGGUACGCUCUGCCGCAGCCCUUUGCCUCGUUUGCCUGCUGAAGGAAUUAAAUAGUCCACACCGAUGCGUCAGAUGGUCACAGGUGAUGGACACUGGCUCGUGUCACACAGAAAGACAGAGGAGCAGAGGUACAGAAGAGUCAAAGAGCAUCCUAAAGAACCAGAGAAGAACAGGACAGCUAACGCUCCUCAUGGUAACACGUUAGAUGGAGCCCUGUUGCUGCGGUUACAUUGUGUUGAUAAACCAUCUGAGCUUUGCUCUGUGAACAUCAGCGAGCAGGAGCUGAAUUCUGUCAAACCUGAAGACCUCAUGGUGUUUGGUAACGUAGCGUUCAUCGAUGCCUCCAUUAACCUCAUGACUUUAGGAUCUUUCAGCAGUUUUGUGUCUUUGAGAGAACUGAACUUGUCCGUAAACAGGAUUUGCAACAUGACUUUUGACGCCUCUGACUUCCCUCAUCUUGAGGUUCUGGAUUUGUCCUACAAUAGUUUGUCAGCUGAUGACAUUGUUUCCAUUAGUUGGCUUCCUCGUCUGAAAGUCCUUCACCUGACAGGAAAUCGACUUCUUUGUCUUCCUCCUAAUCUGGCCUCUUCCAACAGUGACCACACGCAGCUGUCGGUUAAAGAAGACAUCUCACCAUUCAGAGCUCUUGAAGUUCUGAUGCUUGACGACAACAAACUGUCGUCUGGAGUCUUCAACAGUCUCAGGAACCUUCGCAGGCUGAAUUAUUUGAACCUACAAGGGAACCGCAUUUCUGAAAUACCAUAUUUGCAACCAACAAAAUCUACUGAGCAGCAAGCAGAGAUGGAGACACCUGAGAGACGUGUGCGUGGCUGGUCAGCCUGGAUUCUUCUACAGGAAAACCUGAAGAACCACAGCACAGGAUCAUGUUUGCCUCUCCCAAAGCUUCAGUCUCUCAAUUUAUCUGACAACAAAAUCGCAGAGGAAGAAGCGCUGAUGGCCGCUGCCCUUUUCCCCAUGCUUCGUGAGAUGGACGUCCACUCCAACCCUCUGACCACACGGAGAAGUGGAGAGCCUCCACUGCUCACCUAUUGUCUUCACGAGAGACUGGGGAUAACAAUAAAGCGCAAAAAGACAAAAGACGUCGGGAAACCUCCACUGACGGUGUCCACUGAUCCAAAAUGGAAGGUGGAAGACAGAAUUCCAAAGGUGUCAAAGAAGCCAUUGUUGAAGGAGGAAUGUGAGGGAAAGAGAUGCAGAGAUGACACUUUCCAAGAAAACACACAGCACUUCUUUGUUACUCAGGCCGACGCUCUCUCUGAGUCCGCAGAGAUUGAGGAAGAUGCGGCUCCUGAGAAAUUCAACUGUCACCAAAUGCUGACGGAUACAAAACUGAAUCCCGAUGUUGUGGAGCCUGUCGCAGGAAUUCAAACAGCUGUUCGGAUGCUGGAACACACACUGAAGAAUCUUAAUGUUUACAGAGACUCAAAACCUACAUUUGAUAACAUCCAGAUGCCAUACAGAGAAAAGGAGAAAAGGAUUAAGGCGCUGCCGCCUUUGAGACCAACGAAGCAGCCAGCUGAGCGGGUCGAAGAACUUCUCAACCACAUCAAAGAAAGCACAGCAAGGAGAGAAGUCACCUUGAGCAGUGCCAUGGAUGGCUCGGGUGCUGAUGCAAGAGAACAUAAGGAGGUUCUAUCGCUGCUGAGAGACAUGAAGACAAAGUACGAGGUGGUCUACAGGAAAACAGUGGAACAAGCGGACACACAAAACACAAAACUAAACGGUGCUGAACCUCCACCUGUGUCUGUGAGUAGAUCUGUCUGAUAAAUAGCGUGGACAAGCAUACAGUUAUGGUUGUGAGCAGCUGCAGUGAUGCAGUGAUCAGCUUUGCGGGAGCUGAGAGGGUUCAGCUGUGAGAGCCGGCCAAUUUAAAGCUGCAGUGUGUAACUUUUUAGAGAUUUUAGUUAUUCUGCUAGGUAAUACUCUCAGACCUUCAGUCAUAUCCCGACCUUUUUUUUUGCAGCUGUCUCGCGUCACUAGCGCAAUGUUGCUGUAGCCUCUUUCUGUCGGGACAUGAAAUAAAUCACUUCCUGUGUGCAGUGUGGGCGACGCGAGAUCUAAACAGUGCUAUGCUGACAGUCAGAGAGAGAGGGAGUCAUGUGGAGCUGAUGUGUGUGAACUCAUUUUACAAUAGUAUCAAAAAUUAAAUUAAGUUUAAGUGUACUUAAACCGCUUAAAGUAUGUUGUUCUUUGCUCCGACUUUAAAUGAUUUACUUUUACUUUUCAUUAUCCACCUCUUAACCGGAAGUCCAUCAUUAGGUCAACAUACACACUCAGGUUAGAGUCUACAACAACAAUCUGCCAUUUCUUUGAGCUGUGGGAGGAAGCCACACAGAACAUUUACACGGUCUGCUGCAGAGCCCUGUUUUGGUCUGGCACUUUUGAUGUGAAUAUGAAUUCCUUUAUGAUAUUUAUUAAAAUGUCCCAUUUCCAGGGGGAAAAAUAUCAGAAAUCAGCUGGAUAACAUUUAGCUGAUCUUUGACCUAUUGCCUCAUAUCUGCUAGUUUAAGUGUGUUAUCCUCCAGUGAAGCUAUAACUCUGAUCACUUCAAUUGAGUCAAGCAGUUUAAAGUCCAUAUACUAUAUAUCCUCAAACACAUAGACUUCCUGUCUUAUUAUAUUGGAGGCGCACAAGUUGUAUGUCCUACAAACUUACAGUGGAAAUAUUCUAGUCUUUCAUUGAAUUCCCUUUUCCUAUUUCAUGGCUUUGCCCUUCAUAUGAUUCCAAUUAUGUGUCAUAGGAGCAGUUCAACCAUGGUGAAAUAAAUCAUAUUCAUCUGUG